GCCACCAAGCUCAGACAAUGCAAGCCACUAGCGAUAGCUAAUGCGAAGCACUUAGACCCGUGAUCGUCGCCGAAGACAUGAUUGGUGUUGCCAUGUACGAGUUGGUGAAAGUUGGCCAUGACCAGCUUGUGGGCGAAGUCAUCCGAAUCAGCGGCGAUCAGGCAACCAUCCAGGUGUACGAAGAGACGGCCGGCGUUAUGGUUGGCGAUCCUGUGUUGCGGACAGGUAAGCCUUUAUCUGUCGAGCUUGGGCCCGGUCUUCUGAACAACAUCUACGACGGUAUCCAACGACCACUCGAGAAGAUUUCGGCCAUGUCCAAGAGCAUCUACAUCCCCCGAGGCGUUGCCGCCCCAGCACUCGACCGUGAGAAGAAGUGGGACUUCACCCCGGCAAUGAAGGUCGGCGACCACAUCACGGGCGGCGAUGUGUGGGGGACAGUCUUCGAGAACUCCUUCAUCUCUGUGCACAAGAUCCUGUUCCCGCCGAGAGCCCGUGGCACUAUUACGAGGAUCGCGGACAAGGGCAGCUACACGGUUGACGAGAAGAUCCUCGAGGUCGAGUUCGACGGCAAGAAGACAGAGUAUGGCAUGAUGCAGACCUGGCCGGUGCGGGUGCCGCGCCCGACAACGGAGAAGCACUCGGCGGAUAAGCCCUUCCUAGUCGGCCAGCGCGUGCUCGACGCCCUGUUCCCCUCGGUCCAAGGUGGUACGGUUGCCAUCCCCGGCGCGUUCGGCUGUGGCAAGACUGUCAUCAGCCAGUCAGUCUCCAAGUUCUCCAACAGUGACGUGAUUGUCUAUGUGGGCUGCGGCGAACGCGGCAAUGAGAUGGCUGAAGUUCUCAAGGACUUUCCCGAGCUUACUAUUGACGUUGAAGGCCGGAAGGAACCCAUCAUGAAGCGCACUACCCUCAUCGCCAACACCUCCAACAUGCCUGUCGCUGCGCGUGAGGCCUCUAUCUACACCGGAAUUACGGUUGCCGAGUACUUCCGAGACCAGGGUAUGAACGUCGCGAUGAUGGCCGACUCCUCGUCCCGCUGGGCCGAAGCCCUCCGAGAAAUUUCCGGCCGUCUAGGCGAGAUGCCCGCAGACCAAGGUUUCCCGGCCUACCUCGGCGCGAAGCUCGCCUCCUUUUACGAGCGUGCUGGCAAGGUCGCUGCCCUCGGCAGCCCCGCGCGCGAUGGCAGCGUGAGCAUCGUCGGCGCUGUUUCCCCUCCCGGUGGUGACUUCUCCGACCCCGUCACUUCCGCGACACUAGGUAUCGUGCAGGUCUUCUGGGGCCUGGACAAGAAGCUUGCGCAACGCAAGCACUUCCCCUCGAUCAACACGUCCCUCAGCUACAGCAAGUACACCAUGGUUCUCGACAAGUGGUACGAGAAGGAGUACCCGGACUUCCCCCGCCUGCGCGACCGCGUCCGCCAGCUGCUGUCCGACAGCGAGGCACUCGACCAAGUCGUCCAGCUGGUCGGCAAGAGCGCGCUCUCGGACCGUGACAAGAUCACGCUGGACAUGGCGACGCUGAUCAAGGAAGACUUCCUGCAGCAGAACGGGUAUUCCGACUACGAUCAGUUCUGUCCCAUCUGGAAGACUGAGUGGAUGAUGAAGCUCAUGAUCGGAUUCCACGACGAGGCCCAGAAGACGAUUGCCACGGGCCAGAGCUGGGCGAAGGUCCGCGAGGCGACCCAGGAACUGCAGGCGCAGUUGCGGAGCUUGAAGUUCGAGGUGCCGACGGAGGGCCAGGAGAAGAUCUGCAAGAAGUAUGAGUCGAUACAGCAAGCGAUGCUUGACAAGUUUGCCUCUGUCGUGGAUGAGUAAGAGUAGAAGGCUCUUGAGCUAUGUGGAUACAUGUAAUGCUGCAUAGCGUGUCUCUGGUGUGCUGAGGUAAAUCAAUGCACUUUCUAACCGUGGUUGGUCGGUCAUCGUUUUGGCUUGAAUGUAACUGUGCAUUUGCGAAAGGCGCGGGUCCA